AGAAAAAACAGGGCCAGAAUUGAAAGCCCAUUUUUAACUACCAAAACACAGAGAUGCAAAACCCUCGUAACCCUGCCUUUAGCGAAGAUAGCGCCGCAGCACCUAAGCUGAGCAAUCUCUUCUCCUCAGGUACUUCACAAACCCUUUCUUUUUGGGAAAACGACAUCGUUUCUUCAAGCAUAACGCUAUAUUAUACUAUCAUUUGUGGCCGCCAAUCACUUGCGCUCUCUCUCUCUCUCUCUCUCGCAGUACCAAUUACCACAUCAAACAGGUCUCUUCACGUCUUUGGAUUUUGUGAGAUUGUUAGGAUUAAUUUGAUCUGUUGAAUUUAACUUUUACUACUGCAAGAUGGCGUCGAGGUUCUGGACACAGGGAGCUAGUGACUCCGAGGAGGAGAGUGAGUUUGAAGAUGAGGUUGAUGAGAUGGAACUGGGUGAUUCUACUGCUCAAGCCCCACAAAAUAGAUACUUGCGCGGAACUGCUAGUGAUAGUGAUGACUCUGAUGAUCAAAAGCGUGUUGUUCGCUCAGCGAAAGACAAAAGAUUUGAGGAGAUGUCAGCUACUGUUGAUCAAAUGAAGAAUGCCAUGAAGAUUAAUGAUUGGGUUAGCUUGCAGGAGAGUUUUGAUAAGAUUAAUAAACAGCUUGAGAAAGUUAUGCGGGUAACGGAAUCGGAUAAGGUUCCAGGGCUUUAUAUUAAAGCUCUUGUUAUGUUGGAGGAUUUCUUGAAUCAGGCUUUGGCUAACAAGGAAGCUAAAAAGAAGAUGAGUACUAGUAAUGCUAAGGCUUUGAAUUCAAUGAAACAGAAAUUGAAGAAGAAUAAUAAGCAGUAUGAGGAUUUGAUUAAUAAAUAUAGGGAGAAUCCUGAGAGUGAGGAGGAACAAGAGGGUGAUGAUGAGUCGGAAGAGGAGGAAGACUCGGAUUUGGAAUUUGUGGAGGACCCUUCAAAGAUUCCAUCUGAUGAGGAUGAAGAGGAGGAUGAGGAUCGACAAGAUAAUCAAACUGAGCUUGAAGGGGAUUGGCAGAAGAUGAUGAGCAAGAAAGAUAAGCUCAUGGAUAGACAGUUCAUGAAAGAUCCUAGUGAGAUCACCUGGGAUACUGUAAACAAAAAGUUUAAAGAGGUUGUUGCUGCUCGAGGUAGGAAGGGAACUGGACGGUUUGAGCAGGUUGAGCAAUUAACUUUCUUGACUAAGGUUGCUAAAACCCCUGCACAGAAGCUUGAAAUUCUUUUUAGUGUGGUCUCUGCCCAGUUUGAUGUGAAUCCAGGACUUAGUGGUCAUAUGCCUAUAAAUGUAUGGAAGAAGUGUGUGCAGAAUAUGCUUGUUAUUCUUGAUAUACUAGUGCAGUAUCCUAACAUUGUAGUGGAUGAUAUGGUUGAGCCUGAUGAGAAUGAAAGCCAGAAGGGGGUUGACUAUAAUGGGACUAUUCGAGUAUGGGGAAACUUGGUGGCUUUCCUUGAGAGGAUAGAUACUGAGUUUUUCAAGAGUUUGCAAUGCAUAGAUCCACAUACACGUGAGUAUGUGGAGAGAUUGCAGGAUGAACCUAUGUUUUUGGCUCUUGCUCAAAAUGUCCAGGAGUAUCUAGAGCGGGUUGGAGACUUCAAAGCUGCAUCUAAAGUUGCCUUAAGACGGGUGGAGCUGAUCUAUUACAAACCACAAGAGGUUUAUGAUGCUAUGAGGAAAUUGGCUGAACAAACAGAUGAUAAUGAAAAGUCUGGCGUGGAGACUAAGGUGGAGGAGAGCAGGGGUCCCUCUGCAUUUGUUGCUACUCCUGAGUUGGUACCUCGAAAGCCUACCUUUCCUGAGAGUAGCAGAACAAUGAUGGAUUUGCUAGUGUCUCUCAUAUACAAGUAUGGAGAUGAGCGCACUAAAGCUCGUGCAAUGCUUUGUGAUAUCUACCACCACGCUCUUCUGGAUGAGUUCUCAACUUCCCGUGACUUGUUAUUGAUGAGUCACCUGCAGGAUAGCAUCCAUCACAUGGACAUUUCCACCCAGAUACUUUUCAACAGGGCUAUGGCUCAGCUUGGUUUAUGUGCAUUCCGUAUUGGGCUAAUCACUGAAGGACAUGGCUGCCUUUCUGAACUCUAUUCUGGUGGAAGGGUCAAGGAGUUGCUUGCACAAGGUGUUUCUCAAAGUCGGUAUCAUGAAAAGACUCCAGAACAGGAAAGGCUGGAAAGGAGACGCCAAAUGCCAUAUCAUAUGCACAUAAACCUUGAACUUCUGGAGGCAGUCCACCUUAUAUGUGCUAUGCUAAUGGAGGUCCCCAACAUGGCAGCUAAUACCCAUGAUGCAAAGCGCAAAGUAAUUAGCAAGACAUUUAGGCGGUUGCUUGAGGUUAGUGAGAGACAAACUUUUACGGGUCCUCCUGAAAAUGUCAGGGAUCAUGUGAUGGCUGCCACUAGGGCUCUUAGCAAGGGAGAUUUCCAGAAGGCCUUUGACAUUAUCAACUCCCUUGAUGUUUGGAGGCUUCUACGGAACCGAGAUAGCGUCCUUGGGAUGCUUAAGGCCAAGAUUAAAGAAGAGGCUCUUAGGACUUAUCUUUUCACGUUCACCUCUGCUUAUGAGUCGCUUGGCUUGGACCAGCUCACCAAAAUGUUUGACCUUUCAGAGGCCCAGACUCACAGCAUUGUUAGUAAAAUGAUGAUCAAUGAGGAGCUUCAUGCAAGCUGGGACCAGCCAACACAGUGCAUUAUCUUCCAUAAUGUCCAACAUACAAGAUUGCAGGGGCUAGCGUUCCAGUUAACUGAGAAGCUGUCGGUCCUUGCUGAAAGCAAUGAAAGGGCAAUUGAGGCAAGAAUUGGUGGAGGUUUGGAUCUGCCCAUGAGGCGAAAAGAUAGCCAGGAUUAUGCGAGCAUGGCUGCUGCAGGUGGUAAGUGGCAAGACAACAUGUCUUUCACUCAGGGUAGGCAGGGUUCUGGGCGUUCAGGGUAUAACGUGGGCAGUGGAAGACCACCUUCUGUAGGUCAUGCUACUGGUGGUGGCUAUUCAAGGGGGACUGGUCAGUCAAGAGGAGGUGGAUAUUCGCGGUAUCAAGAUGGUGCAUAUGGUGGGUCAGGAAGAAGUGCUUAUCAAACAGGUUCAGGAGCAAGGGGAUCUCAGAUGGAUGCUUCAAACCGCAUGGUUAAUCUCAACAGAGGCGUUCGUGCUUGAGGAUACAUAAUAAGUACACCGUUGAAAGAGAGAUAGCCCAUUGAUUUUCUUCUUAGUAGAAAGCUUUUCCUGUGAGAAUUUUGUUGGUUUAAAGUAAUUUUAUUUUAUUAUUUCUUUUUCUUUGCAUUUUAUCUUUCUAAUCGGAUUUGAAAGAUAGACUUGUAAGCUUUAUUUAUUGGCUAAUGAGAUCAUGCAAAACUGCCUCUUAUUUACA